AGCUUCUAGUCAGUAUAUUUCAUGAACUUGUCAAUUGGCUCAAUCUGCAGUCCUCUCAAACUUUUCGUACGAUUCGUAUGCCCGUUGCUGACCGUGUUCACAAGGGGCAAGACGGCAGGCGAGAAAUGUGCGAAAAGGAGAGGAUGACACCAUCCCAGCUGGGCAGACGACACCUCCAAAUAACAAUUCGACAUCUGAUCAGGAUGGAACUGAGCCUCCACCAGCUUCAACUGGAUCAAGUACACUAACACAGUCACCCGCGCGGCAGGGGUCGUGUUUGAACAGCCAUCCCCGGGUGCGGGCCAUCAUGAACCAAUUCGCUCAGUAUGCCCACCAGCAAUACCAACAGGGGAACCCCACACUGUCCCACCUCCCCAUACUCCUCCAGUUCAACACCAUCACCGCCUUUGAGCACAUCGCUAAGCUCCUGGGGGCAACGGAUGAUUACCAUACCGAGGAUGCCAUUUCUCCCUUCUACAAGCAUGGUCCUUUACUCGGACGACACACCAUAGAACAGCAAAACAACUGGCCCAAAAACCUACAUCCAACAAAUGCACAAUUUACGAUCGACCAUCACCCGUGGAUCGAUGCUUUCCCAUGUCCACAACUACGCGACAACAUCCUCGUCGCGGUCGAGCAGCUAGCAGUCUGCGACGAAUUGGACCUGUGCCACGACAUCUGCCAGUACGAUGUGGACAGGGUGCUGAAAACCGGACUGAUUGUCUGGGGUGACGCAGAGAACAUGUACAACUGGGAGUUUGGCAUCGACUUCUUGAAGAAGUGGGGUUACCUGUUGUAUGGGUGUACGGAGUUGCUCGUAGCUACGAACUACUGGCGUGCGAGGCGGGGAGAGCCGAAGAUCUCAUGGGCAGAGUUCACGGACGCCAUCGUUGCGACUCUACCGAAAGGACUCUUAGAGAGAAGUGAGUGAUAAGGGAAGCUGGAGUGCCGAGUAUAGCUGACAAGUCAGAGCCUGAACUGGCGUCGAUCAAUUCUCAAUCGAGCUCGACGUAGAACCACGAUAACUACAGAUUUGAUG